AGCAUUCAACCCAUAAUGGGCAAUCUUCCUUCACCACGGCUACAUACUGACUAUGUUUUUGCUAAUACCGCGUGUGACUACGCCGGACCAAUCAUGAUACUGAACCGAAGAGGUCGAGGCAGUAGACUGAUAAAGUCGUACCUCUGCAUAUUUGUUUGUCUGGCCGUAAAAGCAGUUCACAUAGAACUUGUAACCGAUUUAAGUAGUAACACUUUCCUCUCAGCACUAGAUCGAUUCAUCGCCCGCAGAGGAAAGCCUCAAAAUAUUUUCUCAGACAGUGGGACUUGCUUCACAGGCGCAUGUAAUGAGUUGUCUAAUUUCUUAAAAUCAAACAGUAACUACAUCAGCUCAAAAGCAUCUGAGUUGUUCAUAAACUUUAAAUUUUCACCAGCAUAUAGUCCACACUUUAAUGGAUUGGCCGAGGGUUCCGUAAAAUCUGUAAAAUACCACCUAAAAAGGGUCUUAGGUUUAGCCCACUUAACAUAUGAAGAUUUAAAUUCAGUUCUCACUUCCAUCGAGGCUACCCUUAAUUCUAGGCCUCUCACCCCAUUAUCAUCCGACCCUUCAGACCUUACAGCACUCACCCCCGCUCACUUCUUAAUCGGACGAACGCUAACGAUGUUGCCUUCUCCUCAGAGCUCUGACCCUGCGGCGAUACCUACUCUCUCACGAUAUAUGAGGAUUCAACAAUUAAAAGCCCAUUUCUGGUCCCGAUAUUAUAUAGAAUAUAUUACAGAGCUCCAGAAAAGACAGAAAUGGCGCAAGCAAGGCCAGCAACUCCAAUUAGGAGAGAUGGUGCUGGUGAAAGAUGACCGGCUGCCUCCCAACCGAUGGCUGCUGGGGCGCGUGACGCGCCUCUACCCCGGCUCCGACGGCGUGACCCGCGUCGCCGACGUACACACCACCUCGGGGACUCUUCGACGAGCCUUCAACCGACUGUGCCCGCUACCAGUCAUAGACACGAACUUCGUUCCUGAGGCCGCAACAUGUUAACGCCUAGCAUGUGUUUGUGCAAAACUAUAUAUGAUGCACCACUCACACACGCAUACGCCAAGAAACCUGCCCGAUCGACGCGAGCCUACGGCUUUACCGACAGCGUCGCGUCCUUCACUCGUCCUCAAGCCACCAAAUGGAAUACGUGCUAUUUAACCUAUAAUUUUUUUACACCUUGUAGUUUUCUGGUUAUUAAACCAAUUUUUUAUUGAAAA